CGUUCAAUUGUGUAUAAUAAAGUCAUUCGUUGUCUUCUGCUGCCUUCUUUGACACAGAGGACCCCUUCCAACAUUUUUUUUUGUAACAAAAAAAAUCUUCUCCUUUUUGCCUAACUUCGUUCGUCUCGUUGAAAAAAAAAAUAUAAAAACCAACUAACAAAACACAGCGAAGCUUAGUGGAACCGUCCCCGUUAAGGGCCAGCAAAACACACACAAAAAAAAGGACCCCCAAAACAAAACAAAUACAAGUGGAGCAUUGAGAUAAGAGCAGCAAAAGUUGAAGAAACGGCUACACGGUUCUAUAUCAACAGGAGGUGUUCGGUAUGAGUGAACUAACUCCAGAUGAGAUUCGUCGCAGAAGACUAGCGAGGUUAGGUGGUAACACAGCGGGAUCCAGCAAGUCAACGGACAAAAUCAUUCCUCAUGAUAAAGAUAAAACUUCCAAUAAUGUCAGCAGUACGUUUUGUCAAUCUAUGGAAGUGGAGCAAACUCAGGGAGCUGCAGCUCUUCCUAAAGAGACAAAUGCAGCAGACAACAAAAGUUAUGCUCUGUUGAAAAGAUGUCGAAUGGAAACGGAUCUUAAGAGAGAGUCAGGGAACAAGAGAAAGAUGGAGAGAAAAGGCAAGAGAAAAUAUGUUAAAUCAAAAACAAAAGCUUGUGUAGAAUCUAUCAGUUCUGAUGCACAGCAACAACAACACCAAAUGGACACUGAUUCAGAGUAUGCUGCUGAGAAAAAUAAUCAUUCUCAGGUUGAUGUUGAUUCUGGUAUUGAAACAAUGGAAGUUGACGACAGUGAUAGGAUUGAACAUAAAAGAAAACGUGAUGCUAGCAUUGGUUCAGAAGCUACAGAAACACAAGUCUUGAACUCCAUAAUCAGAAUAUUUCUUGUCUCCUGGCGGGAACAGAGAGAUCCUGGGACAUUGCAUAUACCUUGUCUUGCUGAAGCUUUCAAUGAAAAAGAGAAAGAUUACAAAGAAAUUAUCAAUCAGAUUGUCAUGGAAACUCUUCACCUCAUUUACUCAAGUCCAGAAAAUCUGAUCGACUCCUUAAAAACUGCUGUGGAUGGUGUAUCUCCAGUCCGAAGUUAUAGUUCUAGUCCUUGUAGUAUAAGUCCACUAAUGUCACCUGAACAUGAAGAACGUAAAUUCACAUCCAAAAUACAACCUCAGAAAAGAAAAGAAGUGGAACUUAUUAACUAUUUACUUGAUUGUUAUGAGAGAGUAGCUUUUGAAGAAAGAACUAGCCCCAAAAAAUCUAGUAUUCCUCCUUUGAAUAAUGUAUUGUCAAUUGCUAGACUAUCUUGUGUUCAUCACACGGCUCUUGUACUGCAAGGAACUCUAUUUGAAAAUAGAUCUGAAACUGCUUCUUUGUUUUUACUGCCAUAUUUGCUUUCCCACAAUCUGCCCAGAGGAUUCCUCUCACUUCUUGUCUCAACUUUACCUGACAGAGAAAGUCUGAACAAGAUUUUUGUGCCUAUCAUUCACCGUCUUAGCCAAUUGAUAUCAUGCCAGUCUUUGGACACUGAUGACUACAAGGAACCAUUAUCUGUUCUCUCAGAACUCUGUGAAAUUAAAUGGGACAACUGUCGACCUAUUUGUUCAUUGAUGGUGUCCCAAUCCAACUGGUUACCAAAAGUAAUGAGAAAGACCACAGGACUGGAAAUGGAGAAACUUACUUUACUUGGACCAUUUCUCUCACUCUCUGUUUUUGUUGGUGAUAAUGUGAAAGUUGUUGAGAAAUAUUUCUCUAACCAUUUAUUAACACCAGACAAUGCAAGACUCAUAUUCCAAACUCUGCAACAUGGUCUUGAAUAUGCUCGGACGGAGCAGUAUAAAAUCAUACAUGCAGUUUUGGUGAACUCAGAAAGCAGGGAUGCUGCUAUAGGGCUGUUAGAGAAGUUUAUUGAUGGAAAUUCCAAGAAAUCUCAAAUUCAGGUUGAUGAGAGAUAUGUUGCCGGAGAUGGUUUCAUGCUCAAUCUUCUCACAGUUCUUCAGAUGCUGGCUAUAAAGAUCUCUUUGGAUAAGGUGGACCUAUAUUAUCCUUACCAUCCAAACUGCAGAGUUGAUAUCUCAUCUGAAAGUUGUAUGAAAUGUACAUCUCAGGAGAGUGAGGAAUGGCGCACAGAACUGGCUAAAACUAAAAAUUGGCAAGAUCCUAAAUUUUCUACAGAAUGUUUCUUUUUGACAUUACACUGCCAUCACAUUUCCAUCCUGCCACUUUCGAGGAAAUACCAACGCCAUCUAGUUAUUAUAAGGAAUUUGAAUCGAGCAAUCGAAGAGUUGGAGUCGAGCGAGGCUCAGUGGAAAGAUUCACCAGUAGCCUCUCGAAAUAAAGAAUCUCUAGAAAAAUGGAAAGCUCAAGUAAAAAAAUUACAAAAGAGUAAGCUUUGUGCCAAUGCUGGCCUCUUGGAUGAAUCUCUCUUAAGACGGUGUUUGCAGUUUUAUGGCGUCGUAGCUGAUUAUUUAUUGAAAAUGGCAGAUCCAGAGAAUGAAGGCAACAACUUACCUCUGCCCCAAGUCACUGACAAGGCAUUUGCUGCACUUCCAGAGUUUUAUUUGGAAGAUAUUGCAGAUUUUCUCUUAUUUGUGCUGCAUUACAAGUCAGAAGUUUUAGGCAGUGAUCCAAGUGUUAAUCAGCUUGUACGUAUGUUGAUAGUGUUUGUCUGCAGCCCCAGUUACUUCAACAACCCUUAUCUUGUCGCUAAGCUUGUUGAAGUACUUUUUGUGAUCAGCCCUAAUUUCCAGCCUCGUACUGCUAAACUCAGUGAGAUGCUAUUGUCUCACCCACUUGCCCUCAACUAUAUGGUUCCUGCUUUGAUGCAGUUCUAUACUGAUAUUGAAACUACUGGCGCUAGCAGUGAAUUCUAUGAUAAAUUCACGAUACGUUAUCAUAUUAGUAUUAUUUUCAAAACCAUGUGGAUGAUUCCAUCUCACCAGAAGAAAAUAAUUGAAGAAGCUCAGAAAGGAAAGCAAUUUGUGAAGUUCGUCAAUAUGUUAAUGAACGAUACAACAUUCCUACUCGAUGAAAGUUUGGACUGUUUAAAACGGAUCCACGAGAUGCAAGAAUUCCAGGAUAACGAAGCGGAAUGGGAUGCUUUGUCACGGGAGGAGCAAAAUUCUCGUCAGAGGCAGCUUUCUAUGGACGAACGACAGUGCAAGUCCUACCUCACUUUAGCAACAGAGACUGUGGAAAUGUUUCAUUAUCUCACCGAACAAAUCAUUGGACCAUUUCUCAUGCCUGAAUUAGCAGACAGACUUGCAGCUAUGUUGAACUUCAACCUCCAGCAACUGUGUGGCUCCAAAUGUAAAAACUUGAAAGUGAAAAAUCCUGACAAAUAUGGCUGGGAACCUAAAAAGUUACUUGAUAGGCUGACUGAUAUAUAUCUUCACUUAGAUUCAAGUGAUGAAUUUGCAGCAGCUAUUGCUAAUGAUGAGCGUUCCUAUCGUAAAAUAUUGUUCGAUGAUGCCAUAUCUAGAAUACAGAGAGCUCGUAUCAAAACUGACCGAGAUAUUGAACAAUUUCGCAAACUACAAGAAAAAGUCGAAGCAAUUGUUGUGCAGAAGCAACGAGCAGAAAUUGAUUUUGGAGAAAUCCCAGAUGAAUUUAAAGAUCCAUUGAUGGAUACAUUAAUGAACGAUCCAGUGCUUCUACCAAGUGGAACCAUUAUGGAUCGACCAAUUAUUCUCAGACACUUGUUAAAUUCCCAGACAGACCCAUUUAACAGACAGGUAUUAACUGAAGAGCAACUUGUUCCAGCUACACAUCUGAAAGAAAAAAUACAGACUUGGAUGGCACACAAGCUGAACAGCAAGAAGAGUGACCCCUGACUUGUUUUAUAUUGAUGUUUUGGGUCUUUUUUUCUGGAAAAUUACAUCUGUUGCAGUGGCCUCAUCUAUUGUGUUUUCUUGUUUCUCACUAUCAGUGACUUGUGUUGCCAUGGAUUUGUGUGUGUGCUUGUGUGUGCGGAUGUGUGUGUGCGCGCGCACAGUUUACAAAACUGGAGUCUAUAUGCAUUGUGUAUGUAAGGGAAUUUCACCUUUUUUUUUUAAUGCAUAGAAGUAUGCAUGCCUGCAUGUGCGUGUGUGUAUGCGUGUGCACUCAACUCCAUACACACGUGUCCAACUACCAAAUAUUUCUCUCUCCUCUCUUCUUUCUCUCUCUCUCCUCUCUUCUUUCUCUCUCUCUCCUCUCUUCUUUCUCUCUCUCUCCUCUCUUCUUUCUCUCUCUCUCUCUCUUGCUCUCUACCCACAACACCUACCUCAUAAUGUAAUUGCAAUGUUGCACUUAUGUCGAGAGGUGUACCACUACAAAUUCCUCAGUUUUCUUCCUCUUUUCCUCCUCCUCCUCCUCUUCUUCUGCCUUCUCUUUCUCUUCCACUAAGACUUCGCCUCACAUACUGUGAUAUCUGCAAGAGUCACAUGCCACGGUCACUGCUAACAGGACUCAACUGCAGUCUUUCCUGGGGUGUUUGUCUUCGUUCAUUCACGUGAUAAUAAUAAUAAAAGCCUAUAAUAUAGCUGAGAUGAAUUUAAGAAACAAAAAACAAAACAGACAAACCAAACAAACAAAAAACCCAGCAAACCAACCAACCAACCAGCAAACCAACCAACCAACCAACCAACCAACCAACCAACCAACAAAAUGAAAUGAAAUGAAAACAGAAUGUUUUAAAUUAUUCCAGUUAUUGGAUACUUAUUAAUAAAUGACUUGUAAUAAAUUUUCAAACCUCAACCA